AUGCAGCAGGACUACUUCCAGCGACCACGCAUCGUCUACCGGAUCGGCGUGCCGAAUCCGCUCAGCCUGGACCAGUACAGCGCACUGCUC